AUUACAGAACCACCAAUAUAUAUUGUUAAGCUUUUGUUGUUGUUUUUGUUGGAGGGCUCUUGGAUAUGUCAUAGUCUGCCUAUGCACUGAUUUUCAACAUACCAUGUGUGCUGUCUGAGACUCACCUUUUAGCCAUGAUUUAAUUUAAAAUUAAGGUCAGUACAUUCAGCAAAGUUUGCUUGAUAAUGACAGCUAGGAAUAUGGCAGUAUCAAUGACCAUGAAAGGUGCGAUAGAAAGGGACAGCUACUAUCUAUUUACACAGCCACCUUACAAUUUAGAGAUUUAUGGAUCGGUCAGUGAAAAAUGUCAGCCAUAAAUCUGUUAGAAGUUAGCAUUUUCUAGCAAUGAGAAUCCAGCAUGUUGCUACACUUUUGAAUGAAACUAAAAUAAAAGCAAAAACCUGUUAAAUGGGGCAACCUUAAUCUGAGGAGACACAUGAUUUCUGUCACUCUGUAUUUAGUCAACACAUCAGGCGAGUUUCCUGUAAACAGAUCUUUCCUAAAACAUUGUAUUACUUUAAUGAUAGUCUGAAAUCUUCUGGAAUAGAAAAAAAACACCACUAUUAUAGCUAUUUUUAAAUUAUAAUGUCAUACACAAGCACUAAGUUAAAAGUGAAUCUGAACUGACCAGUGAAUAUAAGUAUAUUAAAUAAAAGGUUUCGUUUACGUCAGAUAAAACCCAUCACUUCGAGAAAACUGAGUGAACUCAUUGCUUAUCUGAACUACCAUUUAAAAGUUUAAGUCUCUUAUACUCGUAUACUUUUUUAUUGCUUUUAGCAAUUACAUCACAGGUGAUUGAUCAGAGAUGUAUCAGAAGAAGGCAGACAGAUGGCAUCAAAUACAGCAUUUUACAUUACAUUACGCCAUGUGAUACUGUAUAUACAUCCAUAUACCAGAUACCCAGCUGUUGGGUUACUUUUUUAAUUACAUUUUUAACCCUAAAGUGUAAACUGUAAUACCCCUCCUCUACCUCCAUGGAAUUUGCACUGUUUCCACAAGCAGUUAACAUGAAGGCAAUGUUUAUACACCUUUAAGACCCUCAUCUGUUCAAAAGAGCAACUGUCUGUAACUUCAACACUCAACUAAAGACAUUAAAAUGGACAGCAGUCUCAACAGCAAACCAGAGAUUCAGUCUGCAACUCCACCAAAGGAAGACAACAAUAGCAUGGAAGAUAGCCAUAAUGAUGAAGCUGCAAUUUCUUCUUCUCUGGAAACAGUUGGAAAUGGAGAUUCCUCACAACUGCCAACAAUUAGCUCAAAGUUACUGAGAAUGCUGGAAGCAGCAACCAACUGGUGACCUGCGCUCGUAAAAAUGCAGAACAGCGAGGAAGUGUUCGAGGAAAAUGAUGGAGUCGUCAGUGAAGCACCAAGAACAAAAAGACAAAUCCAGUAUCCUGAGCAGACACGAGAAUUCGACAGCCGGUUAACAAAGACUGGACGCCGCUCCCUGUCCCAAUCCAUUUCUCAUUCCUCUACAGACAGCAACAGCUCAGGGGGUUCAGAUGCAGAAAAUCCAGAAGAGGAGGUCUCUCCUCGAGACAUGCAACAGAUGAACUCUAAAGGGAGCAGGGACUUCUGCAUCAAAAACAUCAAACUGGCAGACUUUGGCCGUCAAGAGAUAGAACUUGCCGAGGAUGAGAUGACUGCACUAAUGGCCUUGAGAAAAGCUGCCCAGGGUGAGAAACCAUUGGCAGGGGCUAAAAUAGUGGGAUGCACCCAUGUCACGGCCCAGACAGCUGUGCUGUUUGAGACUCUGGUGGUAUUAGGGGCUCAGUGUAGGUGGGCAGCCUGCAAUAUUUACUCCACUCAGGAUGAAGUGGCUGCUGCUUUAGCAGAGCAAGCUUUUCCAGUGUUUGCAUGGAAGGGAGAAUCUGAGGAUGACUUCUGGUGGUGUAUUGAUCGCUGUGUGAAUGUGGAGGGCUGGGAGCCAAACAUGAUCCUCGAUGAUGGAGGAGAUAUGACACAUUGGAUAUACAAGAAAUAUCCUCACCUCUUCAAGAAAGUCAAUGGUAUUGUUGAAGAAAGUAUCACAGGCAUUCACAGACUUCAUCACCUCUCUAAAGCUGGAAAACUAUGUGUGCCAGCCAUAAAUGUGAACGACUCGGUCACUAAACAAAAGUUUGACAAUCUCUACUGCUGCAGGGAGUCUAUUCUGGAUAGUCUGAAAAAGACCGCUGAUAUCAUGUUUGGGGGAAAGCAGGUGGUCGUAUGUGGAUACGGAGAGGUGGGAAAAGGUUGUUCUGCAGCUCUGAAAGCGAUGGGAUCUGUGGUGUAUGUAACUGAAAUCGACCCCAUCUGUGCUCUACAAGCAUGCAUGGAUGGCUUUCGACUGACCAAACUAGGUGAUGUUGUCAGACAAGUGGACAUGGUCAUCACCUGCACAGGUAACAAAAAUGUUGUUGUGAGGGAACACAUGGAUCUAAUGAAGAAUGGCUGCGUUGUCUGCAACAUGGGACGCUCUAAUACAGAAAUCGAUGUUAGCAGUCUAAGAACCCCAGAGUUAGUAUGGCAGCAUGUGAGAGCGCAAGUGGAUCACAUUAUUUGGCCUGAUGGCAGGAGAAUAGUACUCCUUGCAGAGGGCCGUGUCCUUAAUCUAAGCUCCUCCACUGUACCCAUAUACGUGCUUUCCAUCACAGCCACCACACAGGCUUUGGCAUUGAUCGAGCUCUUCAAUGCCCCUGAGGGCCGUUACAAGCAAGACGUCUAUCUCCUUCCAAAGAAACUGGAUGAGUAUGUUGCAAGCCUGCACCUGCAUACUUUUGACGCACACCUGACUGAGCUCACAGAUGAACAAGCCAAAUACAUGGGCUUGAGUAAAAAUGGCCCCUUCAAACCCAGUUACUACAGGUAUUAAGCCUCAAUGUAACUCAUCAUUUAAAAGCAAACAGGCAGAAACCGAUUUGACUCAGCGGGGGUUUCAUUCAUCCUGCUUUUCACCAACACAUGAUAUUUCUGGCUUGACCAUUAAGGAGCAGAGUGUACAAAUAUAAAGUGAACUACAGCUAUUGUACUGCUAACUAGGUGUCCAUUCUGGUUGUAUACAACAUACAUAAAACUUCCACAAAAUAAAUAAAUACAUAAAGGUAGAAGAAAACAAAAUAAAUGAACAUGGCAUGCUACAAGUAUGUUAUUUAGACCCUUGCACAGUUCUCUAAUUAAACACUGUAUUCUGCUAAGUUUGUUUACUUCAAAAAUAUAAAACCUGACAGGGCAAAACCACUGUUUUUGCUACAAAUGAUACGGAUAACUUUAUUCUUAAAACACUUAUGAAAACUGGAAACACAAACUGACAUUAUAGAAUAGAAAAUGGCUUUGUGUACUCACUUUAAGUCAAGUAAAGGGGUUAACAGUAAGAAUUAUAUAGAGAACAUCUGUCCUUCAAUCUUGAAGUAGGGAAACAUUCCUCAAUGUGCCUCUAGAUGGAGGUAAAGCUUUGACAAAUAAAGUGCAAAGAAAGACAGGGAUAUUUACUGGUAGUGGCAAGAAUCUUGUAGGAUCUCAAGUGGUUUGCAAGACAGAAAUUUUGUUGAUUAAACUUUUCCUCCACUGUACCUUCAGUGUCCAAGUUGUUUAAUAAAGGUAUUUCAAAGCA